AUGCAUGCCAAGAACCUUCUACUUGGCCUUGGCUGCGCCUCCGUCGCAUGGGCACAGCUUGCAGACACCACCGACUACCCAAUGGGACCAUUAACUUCGUCAAGUACUAAGUGGGCCACAAAAGUAUGCGACAUCACCAAGUACGGCGCUGUAGCGGACGGAGCGACAGAUGCCGGGCCUGCUAUCCUGGCUGCCUUUAAUGCAUGCGCUUCGGGAGGAGUUGUGAAUAUUCCGUCGGGAACAUUUGCAAUGGCAACAUGGGUCACGCUCAGUGGGGGAAGCGCCUGGGCUAUCAAUCUUGAAGGCACUAUCAUUCGUACCGGAACUGCUGGGGGUAACAUGAUCUUCAUUGAGCAUAGCACCGAUUUCGAGCUCUAUUCCUCCAAUGGCAAGGGUGCGAUGCAAGGCUAUGGCUAUGAAUUCCACUCUCAAGGUAAAUAUGGCCCGCGACUUCUGCGUCUGUAUGAAGUGACAAACUUUGCCAUCCACGAUAUUGCUCUCGUCGACUCUCCCGCUUUCCAUCUGACCCUCGACACGUGCAACCAGGGCGAGGUUUACAAUAUGAUUAUCCGUGGUGGAAAUGAAGGAGGUCUUGAUGGCAUUGAUUUGUGGGGGUUUGAUCUUUGGGUACAUGACGUGGAAGUAACCAACAAAGACGAAUGUGUCACCGUCAAGAGUCCCGCAAACCAUAUCCUUGUUGAGAAUAUCUACUGCAACUGGUCUGGUGGCUGUGCGAUGGGCUCUCUGGGAGUUAACACUGAUAUCUCGAAGGUUGUAUACAACAAUAUCUACACUGUGAACUCGAACCAGAUGUUUAUGUUCAAGAGCAAUGGCGGAAACGGUACAGUGACCGAGGUUACCCUGCAGAAUUUCAUCGGACACGAGAAUGCCUACUCGCUCUAUAUCGACGCAUACUGGUCAUCGAUAAGCGCGGCUGAAGGAGACGGAGUCUUGUAUAACUCCAUCACCUUCAACAAUUGGAAGGGAACUUGUGCAAAUGGCGCUACACGGGCCCCGCUAUACGUCUUGUGUCCCUCUACUCAACCGUGUACAAACAUUGUGAUCGAAGAUUUUGCCAUGUGGACUGAAUCGGGAAGUACGGAGUACUACAAGUGUGCAGAUGCUUGGGGCUCUGGUUACUGUCUACACUCUGGAUCUGCACAUACCUCGUACGGUACCGUGACUUCGACGUUGACAGCCGCUCCAUCGGGAUACUCAGCGACGACGAUGCCUGGUCAGCUUACGGCUGGGUUUGGACUCAGCACGUCUAUUCCAAUCCCAACUGUUCCGAAUACCUUCUUCCCGGGUGCUACACCAGCCACAGCUCGGGUCUAUGGCAGUUAG